UUCCUACGUCGAUUCGUUUCUGUAUAAAACCCGACACGUCUGAAACUUAAAUCUUUCAGUCUGGAAAUUUUUAGAGCCCUUAUGAGAAUGCAUUAAAUCCAGCUAUCAGGCUGAUUACUGGGGAUUUUUAUUAGGGUUCAAGAGCAUGCUUUUUGGUAAAGAUAUAAAGUUUACUGAUAUUGAGAGUUGAAAUUGCAGUAAAAAUAGCAAUCUAACCAAUUUUACUCAUUCGAAAUCCUUCUGGGUGAAAGUAGUUUCAACUGCAUGGUUGAGGGGUUUAUUGAAGAGGGUAAUUUUGCUGCUACUGUUAAGGAAAAUUACCUCAAAUCUGGUCCUUGAAACUAUUUAUAGAAAAUAAACAAGAAAAGUAUAACUUUUCACAGUUUCUGGGAAAGAAAUCGAAAUCUUUAUAAUCAAUCUGUAUUCAUUUAUUGAAUUGAAUCAUAACUAGGAAAGAGUUUGGAGAAAUCCAUAUAUUCCCCUUCUUUUAACUAGAGUUUGAACUAAGAGGCAUUAAUAUAUUGUUUGGUGUAUUAGAAAUGUCUGCAAAUUCUGAAAAAAUGUUAACUUUGAGGUUUCUUUAUUGUCUAAUAGUCUUAUCAAUGUGUCUAGUGAUCAUCUCUACAUUGUCCCUCCAUUUUAGUUCCGAUUUUUUCCUUCCGAGACCAAUUCUCAAAAUAGUUGUUGUUAAUAGUACGUCGGGGUACUGGAAAUCCAGCGCUAUAAGUGCAGAAGUCGAAACAUUUCUGCUUCCUUCUGAAACCACGCCUAGGCAAGAAGUUAAGAGCUUAGUUGUGGUUAGUGAAGCUUCGAGUUCUAUGACCAGCUUGGGGAUUAGGGGGCCCGAUGAUAAAAGGUGUGAUGCGAAUAAUGCUCGUCUCAGAGUGUAUAUGUAUGACUUGCCUCCUGAGUUUCAUUUCGGGCUAUUGGGGUGGAAUGGAAGUGGGAACAAUUCGUGUUGGCCUGAUGUUAGUAAGCCAAGCGAGGUGCCACGAUACCCUGGUGGCUUAAAUUUGCAGCAUAGUGUGGAGUAUUGGCUGACUCUUGAUCUGUUAUCGUCGAAUGUCCCGAGCAUUGCUAGGCCUUGCACCGCUGUGAGGGUGUGGAACUCGAGCGAAGCAAACGUGGUGUUCGUCCCGUUUUUCUCGUCUCUGAGCUAUAACCGCCAUUCGAGGGUUCAUCGUAGGGAAAACUUCAGCAUCAACAGGGUGCUGCAGGAUAAAGUGGUUCAGUUUUUGCAAAGCAGAGACGAGUGGAAGAGGUUUGGCGGGAGGGAUCAUAUGGUGCUCGCUCACCACCCGAAUAGUAUGUUGGUUGCGAGGAAGAAGCUCCGCUCUGCUAUGUUUGUGCUCUCGGAUUUUGGAAGGUAUCCGGUUCAAAUAGCGAACGUUGCAAAGGAUGUGAUCACUCCUUACAAGCAUAUGGUAAAGACGAUCGAUGCCCUUAGCUCCCCCGGGUUUGCAGAACGCCCUAUAUUGGUCUAUUUCCAAGGUGCAAUACAUAGGAAAGCUGGAGGAGCUAUUCGCGAGAAGUUGUACAACCUUCUCAAAGGCGAAAAGGGCGUGCAUUUCACCUUUGGGAGCGUACGAGCAAAUGGCGUGAGCUCAGCAGCACGGGGAAUGGCCUCAUCGAAGUUCUGUUUGAACAUAGCCGGGGACACCCCAUCCUCGAAUCGCCUCUUUGAUGCCAUUGCUAGCCACUGCGUCCCCGUGAUAAUCAGUGAUGCUAUCGAGCUCCCAUACGAGGAUGUCCUAGACUACACUAACUUCUGUGUUUUCGUCAGAGCCUCCGAUAGCACCAGGAAAGGCCAUCUCCUGAAUCUCCUCCGAGGCAUUACCGAAGAGAAGUGGACCGAAAUGUGGGAAAGGCUAAAGGAGCUCACCAAGCACUUCGAGUACCAAUAUCCAUCCCGGCCUAAUGAUGCCGUCGACAUGAUUUGGCAGGUGGUCGCGAGAAAGGUGUCUUCGAUAAGGACACAAGCUCCCCGCGAGUAUAGAUACCUCAGAUCACAGCUCUUUUUAAAGAACAGGCGAAAAUGAUUGUCCCGCGCCAUUGUUUUCUGCUAAUCCCGGGAUAUGAUGAUCAGAUCCAGGUUAGGUUAGGCUUUACUUGUUAGAACAUACUAAGAUCAUGAAUUUGUUGUGGAUUUGAACAGUUCUCUCAUACACAACCAUAGGUUUCUGUGUUGUGGAUGUUAAUUUGUUGAAGAACAUGUCUUGACAGAAACAUAUAUACAUUCAUAGUAGCAAUAGGACAAUCAAAGUGUAGUUCAUUGUCUCAGUAGACAUGGCUGAA